CAAAGGUGUUAUAGUCAGCCUUAAAUUUGUUUUUCUUUUAUAUUUCUUAUAAUAACUUCAGGAUUAUUAAAAAAAAUUGUUUUUCUCGGGUUGUAAUUGAUAUAUCCUGAGGGUUACGCACUCGACAAUAUUUACUAUCAGAAUUAUUGAAUCAGACAGACUUAGAAGGUAAUUGAUAUUAAUUAGAAAAAUGUCAAAUAUUUUGAAGUGGUUUGGAGGCGCCGGUCGUAACAAAGACGUUACGAAGGAUACGAUCACUCGGUUCCAGGAUACUUUGUCAAUGUUUGAAAAGAAAGAGCAAAGACUAGAGCGUCAAAUUGCCGAACAAAGUGAAAUUGCUAAGAAGAAUGCGACUACAAACAAAAGAGCUGCAAUGGCGGCCUUAAAAAGGAAAAAGAUGUACGAGAACGAACUUGAAAAGAUUGAAGGAAGUCGCAUGAAUAUUGAACAACAGCUGUAUACUAUCCAGAAUGCCAAUCUCAACUUUGAAACCUUACAAGCUAUGCGUCAAGGUGCUGAGGCUAUGAAGCAAAUCCAACGAGGCGUGGAUGCUGACAAGGUCGAUAACAUUAUGGAUAAAAUUCGUGAUCAACAAGCUAUUUCAGAAGAAAUUUCUGCUAUGAUCAGCACACCCAUGGGCUUGAAUGCAGACGUGGACGAAGAUGAAUUGGCGAACGAAUUGGAUGAACUACAACAAAUGGAACUUGACAAUAAGAUGCUUGGUGCAGAAAAACCACCCGUUCAUGCCCCAGGUGUCACUACUGGCACUCCUGUUGACAAACUUCCUUCGGUUGCUAAACCUCAAGAAGUAGAUGAGGAAGAGGAAUUAAGAAAACUGCAAGCUGAAUUCUCUCUCUAACUGUAACGUUAUAUAAAUUAUGAUGAGAGGCAUUUUAUGCAUUAACGCUUAAUGGAGGACAAAUGCAAAUGAAAUUAGAUGAUUGCAUGAUGCUUCUUGUUGUCAUGUGUCAAUUAAUAAAUAAAUAAAAUACUUUCUAUAUACAGGAAUGAGAUACGCAAGUAGAAAAGACUCAUAGCAUUACGAAAUUACUCUAUAGGAAAAAAGAAGUUAGAAUAUCCCUUCCCAUA